AUGGCUCAACAGAAGGAGUAUCCUGAGAUGCGUGCCCCGAAUAGUGACAAACUGUCUCCCAACGCGGAGGUGUUCGUACCGAAGUCCCAAUUAUCUGAGUACAUCCAAAAUAUGGAACAAAAUCAAUCGCAGAUGGGAAUGCAUCAACCGCCUACGUCACAAGUGCAUCAACGGUUUGCGAUUGCACAGGGCGGUGGUGAUGGAAGUGGUGGAGGCGGCGGCAGCAGUGGAUACGAAUACGCCUCACCGAUGACAUUGCAGAACCGGUUAAGUAAUAUGCAGAUUGUGGACGGUGGUGAUAAUGGGAAGGAGUUCAAUCACCAUCAUCACCACCAACAGCCAAUGCAUCAUCAGCAGCAUCAUCAGCAGCAUCAUCAGCAGCACCGUGGUCAGCAACAUCAUGGCUACCAUCAUCACCAUCAGCAGCAGCCACAUCAAGCGUACGGUUCGUAUGGCUACCAGAACAACCAUCAUGUGCAACAGGGUGGUAUGGGAGGUGAUCACCGAAAGUACAACAAUGGUGGCCAGCAGCAGCAUCAGCACCAUCACCAUCGCUCCCGACAGCAUCAUCAUCAGUCGCAUCAUCACCAACAACAUCAGCCGCAGCAGCAGUACGGUGGAAAUCAUCAACAGGAUUUUAUGGACGGUGGAGGGCCUGGGGCGGCCGGUGGCUACAACAAUAUGAUGGCUCCGAACUGGGAUACCAACUUUCAGGAAGACAUCGAACAGAUAUCUUACAGACAAACGCAAGCAAUCGACUAUCUGACCGGCGUGAUUGCGGAACUGUUCGACAAUCCGGGGCUGUUUGAUGAUUCGGUCAAGAAAAAGCUGCCGGAAAAGUUGGGCGAUCUGCGCCAGGAUCAUUAUGUGUUGAGCAGCACAAUUGAGAUGAUUUUCGAGCAGUCAAUCAGGGAACCCAACUUCCGCUACAUGGGUGCGCGUCUGUGUAAACUGCUGGACAGUUUGAACAAUGGGCCCAACCUAGCACUGCGGGAACUGUUGCGGCUCAAGAUGGAGGACCAGAGCGGUGAGCUGCCUCAGUUCAUGAAGAACGAACAGGUGAAGGUACGCGGUGCUACGCUUUUCCUGGCCGAACUGUACAUGCAGCUGCGUGAUCCGCAGCAACCAUUCGGCAAAACGAUUUCGGAGCACAUCAUAAACGCGAUCGAAAUUCUGCUCGGCAAGGAAGGACCGGAAAACACGAAAUGUGUUUGCCAAUGCUUGAAGCUCUGCGGGUACGAACUGGAACAAGACUGUCCGGAAAAGGUGGAAUCUAUUCUGAGCAAGCUCGAAAACCAGACGAAUGUCCAGUCGUCCACGGAAGCAAUGAUCCGAUCGGUGUUUACGCUACGAAAAAAUGCUUGGGGCCGAAGCGAGGAACCGGCCGCGGCCGUUCCACCGAUGCCAGUCCCGACCGACGCCAUGCUGAUGGGUGGUGCGGGCGUAGCCCAAAACCUUCCCGUCUUUUAUGGGCCCGAUGGUGAGGUGUUGACGGAAGAAGAACACUCGUUCCUGUCGAUCCACGUGGCAACUGAUGCAAACCGGAACGCAAACUAUGAUUACGAUGAUGAUGAUGAGUACGGGGUGGUCGAUCCGAACGAAGAUCUGGAGAUACAGGAAGCGUAUGAGGACUUCAUCCAGAGCAGUGGUCAAAACCAGCUGCGCCAACAGCAGUACCGGCCAAAUGUGUAA